AUGGCCUCAGCUGCUAGGACCUUCACCCGGGCCAUCGCCCGCUCUAACCUCCGCCCCGUUGCUCGCAGUACUCGUUUCGCCGUUCCCGCGCAGACCCUACGCUCUGCUGGCCGCCGUGGCUAUGCUUCCGAAGCCGAGGCUGGCAAGUCCAACAGCGCUCUGUACUGGGGACUCGGUCUCGCUGUUGCCGGUGGUGCUGGAUACUACUUGUACAACAGCGGCGAUGUGAAAGCCAAGGUUUCCGGGCCUUUUGUACCUACCAAGGAAGACUACCAGAAGGUCUAUGAUGAGAUUGCUCGCCUUUUGGUGGAGAAGGAUGACUACGAUGAUGGCAGCUAUGGACCUGUCCUCGUCCGAUUGGCAUGGCACGCUAGCGGUACCUACGACAAGGAGACUGGUACUGGUGGCAGCAACGGAGCCACCAUGCGAUUCGCUCCUGAGUCUGACCACGGCGCCAAUGCGGGUCUGAAAAUUGCUCGUGACUUCCUCGAGCCUGUUCAUGAAAAAUUCCCCUGGAUCAGCUACGGUGAUCUCUGGACUCUUGCUGGUGUCUGCGCCAUUCAAGAGAUGCAGGGGCCUGUUAUUCCCUGGAGACCGGGCCGACAGGACCGUGAUGUAGCCGCCUGCACACCCGACGGUCGUCUUCCCGAUGCUUCCAAGGACCAGAACCACAUUCGCGCCAUCUUCGGCCGCAUGGGCUUCGAUGACCGUGAAAUGGUUGCUCUUUCUGGAGCCCACUCCCUUGGCCGUGCCCAUACCGACCGCUCCGGCUAUGACGGGCCAUGGGACUUCAGCCCUACUGUUUUCACCAACGAGUUCUUCCGCCUCUUGGUUGAAGAGAAGUGGUCAUGGAAGAAGUGGAACGGUCCCGCCCAGUACACCGACAACACCACCAAGACCUUGAUGAUGUUGCCCACUGACUUGGCUCUUGUCAAGGACAAGGAGUUCAAGAAACACGUCGAACGCUAUGCCAAGGAUAGCGAGGUCUUUUUCAAGGAGUUCUCUGAUGCCUUUGUUAAGCUUUUGGAACUCGGCGUUCCCUUUAAGACUGAGGAGCGCUUCGUCUUGAAGAAGAACGAGUAAAUUACUGUUUGUGACCCGACUUUCUUUUCAUUUUCUUUACGUAUGCUUUCUACCGAAUUGAUUUGUCUAGAUAUCCCAUGUAACUUUUUACAGUUCGGUUGAGAGCGUUUUCUCGAUACACAUACAUACACAUACAGACACAUAUACAGUUCAUCUAGAAUCAGAGACUAGAUUGCGGCUGCUUGUCCGACGGUUUCGCUGUCAGAAAUUUAUUUUCGUUUCAUGUGAGACAAUGUUUGAAUAAGACUCUUUUUGAA